GAGAUAAUACAAAUUAUAUUUUAUUGAAUUUAUUUUAUUUUAGAUGAUGAUGAUGAUAGUGUGAUCAUAACAAAGGUAGAGGUUAUAAAACCACCACUCUCUAAAAUCCAAUUCCCAGCAAGGCAAAAAGAGAACCAUUUUUUUAAUGGAAAUUGGCUGAAAGAACUUAGACAGUCAAUAGAAAGGCGAGAUGAAGAAGAGAAGAAGAAGAUAAGAUAUCAAGAAGAAUUAACGCGAUCAAUUCGAGAGAAGAGGGAAGCAAAGUAUGCAAUUGCAGAGGAAAAGAUGAAGGAAAUUUUUAAGAGGAAAGGAACAGCAGUUUUAGAAGAAAAACCUCUUGAAGAUGAAGAUCAGUUAGAUGGUUUUCCAGAAUUAACAUCUGAAAUGGAUGUGGAAGUUGAUGAUGCUUUAAGGCCAAAUCCUCCGGAUGAAGUCUUAGCUGAAGGUUUUCGUCUGUCCGUUGCACGCAGAGAUAUGGAGACACUUGCGGGACUUAAUUGGCUUAAUGAUGAAAUAAUUAAUUUCUACAUGAAUUUGCUUAUGGAAAGAAGCAAAUUGGAUAAUUUUCCAACUGUAUAUGCCUUUAAUACAUUCUUCUAUACCAAAUUGUUAAACAGUGGUCACAGUGCAUUGAAAAGAUGGACGAGAAAAGUUGACAUUUUUGAAUAUGACAUGUUGCUUAUUCCCGUUCAUAUGGGAAUGCACUGGUGUUUAGCUGUUAUUGACUUCCGACAUAAAAAAAUUCAGUAUUAUGAUUCUAUGGGAGGGCAAAAUGACGAGUGUUUAAAUGCACUAAGGUAAGUUUUUCAGGAACUGA